AUUUUACGUACGGUCGGUUUUUGUUCCGGUCGAUUGUAUAUUAUUAUUUUGCAAUAGUUUCGAAAAGUUUCCGGUAUGAUACCAUUUCAAAUAGUUAUGUUUGAUGUUUUACGUAAGAAAUUUGAUUUCUUUCCCUCUGUCAAACAUGUGUUUUUGUGUAAUAUUUGAUGAUUGUUGUGGGUUUAGCAUAUUUUAAUUUUGUUUAAUUGGCGAACUGUCACAAGUGUAUAACUGGCGAUUGAUGCUCAACGCUCAUUCUCAAUGUGAAAUGCCUUACGUAUCCAACAGUGACUAGUGGAAAUCAGAAGUGUCUGGAUUUAUUGUUUGGCUAGAUUCGCAUUUGGCGAAAAUACGCAUUUUUAUGGAACACCUGUAGAUAUGGUUGUGUGAAUGCAGGGAAGAAGUAUCAAGCACACCGGACCACACCAAACCAUUGGACAUUACCGAAUGAACGAUGGAAUAAUGCGAAAGAGUGAAUGAAAAAAUGAACUUCCCAGUCAGCCGAUCGAUUCAUUAGCAACGCACGCUGCCGCCGGACAGCCAAGAUAAUACCGCAACUUUAUGCCACCAUUACAAUUGAACUCAGCUGGUAAAGAUUGACGUUUUGCGUGCGCAAGGAAGAACGAUUAAGUUUGUCAAUCAAUAGCCAGAGACAAGAAUCAACAUAGGUACCUAUCUAUCUACUAUCUUUGACUAGAAAUUUCACCCCAAACGAGCGAAGCAAAGAGUUGACUGAGCCAUCUUCUUCAGAGCACUGAGCACGAGAAACCAACAGUUUGAGCGCACUCAAACCACCUCUCAAGCACAACGUAUCGUGAAGCGGUCGUGAAAAGACGUGAGAUUAGAAGGACGGUUAUUCGGUUGGCGGAAUUAUAAUAUUUUCGUCGAUUUGCGUCUGUCGUGUGUGUUAUUUAUUACGAGUGGUCAAACUUGAUUUUCGUUGUUGUUUAUAGAACAGAGUAAAAAUUGAGGGUGAAAGGUUAUCUUCUUGAGGUUUAUAAUGGUUCUGUAUGAGUGUUUUCGAUACGCAUUAGAGAACGUUUGAAGAGGUGUGAUUGGAAAAAAUCACACCGAGGGCAAGAGCCUUAACGCAUAGUGGAACGAGAUAAACGAAAGUGUUACCUUGAGUGCUCCAACGUAUCUCUGCAAAAAAAAAAAAAAAAGAAGAAGUGGAAAGGUUCCCUGAGACAGCUGAAGCGGUUUUAGUUGGUGCGAGUGAGUUUGGACGUCAAUGUCAUUCGCGAAAUCUGCCGUUUGGUUUGGUUUGGGUCAUUCGUUUGUCGUCGUCCAAUGGACGUAAUGUCGCAUUUGGCGCGUAGAAAGUGAGUUUGAGUGAUGUGGUUUUGUUGUCGCCCAUUCAUCGCACCAAAGGAAAUAAGCUACGGGAGCAGAUUCAAACGGCGCAAAUCGGGGCAAUCAGUUGACUAUAAAUAUAAUGGCAUUAUUCAAUAAGCUUUUUUCGACGACUAAAAAACGAGGCACGAGUUCAUCGGCGCAGAAAUCUUCCUCGGGACAGUUCCAGUUCUCAGCCGACCAUGUGCGGGUGCUUCUAUUCCGGGAAUGCGACAUCCGUGGUCGGAAGCUGCUUUUCGACUCCAGUGCCGUCGAGAAGGUUAACGAGUCACCGAGCUCCGGCGCCUCUUCUUCCUCGACCUCAUCUGCGUUCCACCAUCAUGGCAGUAGCGGAAGCGGAAGCAGCAGCAGCGGUCGCAGCAGCACCACAUCCAGCCAGAAAUCGAUGCCCCAGGUUCAGAAGUGUGACCACUGUAAGGUGUUGUUUCAGCAUAGUACAAAUCCUCGCGGCGACAUCAAAUCGCUGGCCGAAAUGAUAUUCGGAUCUACGCCGAUGGCGUUCCAAGGAAGCAGCCUAAAGGUGCACUGGUUGAAGGUUCCCAAGGCCAUAAUGUGUUCCCACGUGUUUCCUACUCCAGUGCGGAAUACCGUUGGUGGGGGUAGCAGUAGCUCGAAAAAGACGUCGAUUUCCACUUUUUUGGGGUCAGAUCUGGUAACGGCUGGUCAUGGGAGUGGAGCCUAUAUUGAUAGGCAUCCUUCUGGGAGUGAUUUGAGCUCGAUCGAUACUACCUCGCUGCGAUCGUUUACGGUCACUUCGUCAACCUCAACGCAGCACGAUACCUCAUACAAUCAUCGCCAAAGACCACCGAUACCGUUGGAGUUCGGACACCUAGAACGGCUAACGGAUCCACGACUGUCCACAAACAGUGGAAUGGAUUCUGGCUACGGUGGCACUGAUCCGUGGGCUUUCUCACCGCAGAGCUCUCGACACCCAAUGUCCUCUCACAGGAGUAGUUUAGCCUCAAUCUCGAGCGAUUUUGACUGUUUUCGAAGACUGAGCACUGAUACCAGUGUCGACCUACCUCAGGCAUCCAACUGUGCCAGCCUGGAUAAUUGUAGCCAAUACGGAAGUUUUCAUCGACGAGUGUCCAAAAACUUAUCCACCUCUUUUGAGAACCACCUUACCUUGGCCGAUCACGUGGGACACGUUGACGAAGUAAGUCAUUCCCGGACAAACGCCACCUCGGCCAGUAGUCAGGUGACGGCCAGUGAUAGCUGUGUUGGGAGCAAAAAUCGACGGAACAGUGAAACCAUGGAUCUGACCCGGCGGAAAGCUUUCAGCGGAGAGUUGCUGUCGACGGCCACCAACUACCACGGGAGACCGCCGAACAAGAAAGCGCGCCUCGGUAUCGCACUCUACAUGCAGAUGAACGACAACUUGCUCGCCGAGAUGGAGGCAUUCUGUUCCGAGCAUAUGAGCAUCUUCGAGUCUAUGUUGUGUCGGUUGCGGGUGGCCGCCGAGAAUGCUUGCUAUCGGUGGCCACAAUUCCUACAGAUAAUGCUUGCUGCGUGGCAUGCCGUUCAAACGUGGUUGGUGGAUUUUUUUGGCACCCCGAGGUUGGAAAAUCCGGUUUGGAUUACGCUUAGCAGUGGGUCGGCGGCGGGAUCUGUUGCCGGUACCAGUAGCUCCAACAAGGUUGCCCUUACCAUAGCCAACAACUUUAUGAACGACCUAUGUUCGCUGCUGUCGGUGGUCGAUACCAAAGAUACAAACUUAUUCAUCAGCACAUUGCUCACGGCCGUUCUAACGCAUCACCUGGGUUGGGUUAGCACUAUAGCCCCAAUCAACGGCCCCUUGGAACCCACUUCCCAAAAUGGUGCCGUAAUGCAGCGGGAAAAGGAACGAAUCUGCAAAAUAAAGGCCAACCAUCCGUACAAUGUGCUCUGGGCUCAGCUGGGGGAUCUGUACGGUGCCAUUGGGCAUCCGGUGAAGCUUUCGAAAACCAUCAUCUGUGGCAGUCCUCAGUUGAGUGGCACCAUGGGGAAAAUAUUGAACGUGCUGUCGUACUUCAUUCGUUGCAGCGAAGUUCGGCGAACGGUUCAUGUAGAGUCAUUUGAAGAAAGCAGAGUUAAGGAAGCAUUUGUGGCACAGAACGUAGUCAGCGGAAGCAAUGUAUCGAGGGUUAGGAGCGAAGCUGGUGAAGGCACUAGUGGCUUUAAGUCGCCAGAAAUGCGACGAUCAAACUCAGGUAUGAUCCGUUCGGCAACAAGGAUGAAAGAUUUGACCGGAAUGGGGAAAGAUGAAGGGGCUCCCGAGGGUGAACUUUCCAAGGCACUUAAGAAAAAUGUGAUGAAUGAUAUUCCUAAUGUGUUGGCAUAUACUGACUCACGAUUCGUUCAGCAAGAACUCAGGAUCGGAAACAAAAGCAUGGAUACUGAAUUGAUGAUGACCCAGCCGCAGAAACAGUUUCUAGAAAUGAUUUACCACAUCAAGAAAGGCAGUGAAACUUCUCCGAUAAGAAUGACCUUAACUCCAUCGGAUGAAACAGGACAGGAAGCUAUUGAGCUCGACCUUAACGAUACCGAUGAUACUCAAUCGGUAAGGCUUUCAAAGCUCAUCACAGAAAACAGUAUUGGUGAAGGUGAAAGUGGACGACGCCUCUAUUGGGGCUUAGAGCGGAUAAAGGAAGGUAUGUCGAUGGAACAGUUGAAGUACAUCGACGGCCUUCGAGGUGACUACGAGGUUCUAAUGAAAAGCAAACCCAAGGAAGAGGUUAUGUUUGUGCUGGGUGAGAAUGAACAGUUGGUGAAUUUAAAACCCAGCUCUGCAGCGGAAAACCCUAAACCAACCGAACUCGGUGCUGUUGGCGGUCAAAAACCUUGCACUCAUAGCAAACUUCGCAAACAUUCCGUGAUCUUCAACUUCGAUCGGUAUCCCAAAGUAGUCGAGAACUAUCUGCGAAGCAAAAAUCUUGAUCUUUCAGAAUAUGAUUUCCUGGAAAAAGGGAUGAAACUAGAAAUGGCUUUGAAAUUCAGCAUUGAUACCGAAAAUCAACAACUUCCCGAUUUCGGUGAGGAAUGCGAGGUUUGUCGGAAUACUUCGCUUCUAUACCUGCAAACGCCUACGAACGCAUCAGAACUCGAAUUUUCCAGUGAUUUGAACGAACUUAGUAGUGUUAGCUCGUUCCCUGAUUCGAUUCCACGCUCCAACCAAGACGAUGAGCAUCCAGGCCAUAGUGAGUACAUUCCAAAGACAUAUGCAAUGACUACCCUCGAGGAAAAUACAGAACUGAAAAUUAAACAUCCGGACAGCAUUCUCAAACUAGUGGAAAUGCCUCUGUCUAAAACAACAGUUCUUUCUAACGACGAGAAUAACAACAACAACAACAACAAGACUGAUUGUGGCAAAAGUCGAAAAUUACUAUCCAAAGUUGGUUUCAUGCCAUCGCUUUUCUCUCAGGUCGCCGAUCAUUACAUACCCGAUAUGAUCCUGCAGGCAACAACUGCACCCCCGAUCAAGUGGGAAAAACCUUUGAAAAAAGACUUGAGCUGCUCAUCGCGGUUCGCCCUUAUGGAGCAAUAUCCGGUUGAAAACCUGGCCGUCAUUGCCAAUCUUGACACGCAUGAGGUCCGAAUUCUAACAUCACACACAUCCUCCCUGGGGCCGCCAUUGGGCCAAGACGCUGAUGUAGUCGGUAUGUCGCAGCUUGUUUCGUCCAUGCUGGAAACGGUUCAUGCCAUGUGGUCAUCCGGGUUGUCUGCCUUCCAGUGCAUGGCAUUCAUAGAAUCCAAAUUGCGGGAGUUCUAUUUGCAGUCGGAGACGAUCGCCAGCUUUCUGCUUGCCACCGAUUUCUGUACUAUCGGAUCGAUCACUUCGGCACUGGACAUCACUGCCAAUGAUAUGCCGCUUCUGCUGUCGGUGGCCUCUAUUCACGCACCGGAAGUUACCAAACGAUACGGUAUCCAGUUCCGGUGAGGUGAGGUUAAUUUUAAGCUAGGAAUGAAACAAAUUACCUUUGUGAUAUUAGAUUAAGCUUGACUACACUAAAUGGCACAAAAGAUCUGUUUGUUGUUAGAGUAGAAUAAUUCCUGGUACCUUCUGAUGGAGGUAUAUUUUGUGGCUCUCUGUACGAAGAAUGCAAGCGAACAAAUGAGCUUACGAGUUGUGAUUGGUUGGACUUUUGUACCAAACGAGCUAAUAGGAUAACAAGAAAUUUGUAAUAUUAACUAGUAAAAUAUUGAUUGAACCGAAGAAACCCUCUGAAAGUAUUGUAACCUUUGAAAAAUAA